AUGUCAAGAAAAGACCAGUCAGUUUUUCACUUAAAAAGAUCUUCAGAAGAAUUCCACAAUUCGGAAAUCAUCAUUGUCACAGUGAAAGUGCCCGAUCCUCAUGCAAGUGUGCAUCCUUUAAAAAUUCUAAUCAACUCCUUUGUUGUAGUACCCGAUGCUCCAUGGAAUGUUUCUGCAGUUGCACUUUUAUCAACGACAGUUCAAGUCUCCUGGUUUGAACCUGUGUAUCUUCGAGGAAUCCUGUAUGACUACAAAGUUAGAUACAAAAUCGUCUCUGCAAGUAGCUACUUAAGCACCAUCUCUGCAGGGACUAAAACGAAGCUUACAAUUUCAUCUAUGCAGCCAUCCAAAGAUUACCAAUUUCAGGUGGCAGCGACAGUAAAAGGUGGGACAAACUUUGGGCAAUGGAGCUCUGUGGUGACAGUUAAAACACACGAAGGAAUACCUGAUGCUCCAUGGAAUGUUUCUGCAGUUGCACUUUCAUCAACGACAGUUCAAGUCUCCUGGUUUGAACCUGUGUCUCUUCGAGGAAUCCUGUAUGACUACAAAGUUAGAUACAAAAUCGUCUCUGCAAGUAGUUACUUAAGCACCAUCUCUGCAGGGACUAAAACAAAGCUUACAAUUUCAUCUAUGCAGCCAUCCAAAGAUUACCACUUUCAGGUGGUAGCGACAGUAAAUGGUGGGAUAAACUUUGGGAGAUGGAGCCUUGUUGUGACAGUAAAAACACACGAGGGAAAACCAAGCCAGCCGCAGAAUGUGAAGCUUUCUAGUAUCACAUCUUCUUCCGUUCUUGUCAACAUCACUAAGCCAUUACGAGAAAAUGGAAUCGUUAGAAAUUAUACUGUGAGGUAUUUAGGCAGAAAAUCUUACAACAGCACCUUUGAACACAACGGUUUUAUAACAGUUGUUCGGAGAUUCCAUUCAGAAUUUACUUCUAAAACGCUGAGCAACCUCGUCCCGGCUACAAAUUACACAAUCGAUGUUGCUGCAGUAACAGGAGGUGGAAGGGGUCUCUUUAGUGAAAGGGUUACCUUUGAAACAAACUACGCAGCCUCGUUAAAAUGGCCAUUUCUUUUAGCCCCACCAAAACCAACAAUGGAAAAUCAGGGUUCAAUCGGAAGAAAACUCACAGUAAGAAUUGGUACUGCAAGCGAUAUUAAUGGACCAAUAAGCGAAUACCGGCUGUCUUUUCUGGAAGGAAAUGCAAUUACUUGUCAACAAAGCAGUUCUGCAGAGACAAUUGUUCCUUCUAAACUGCCAUUAAAGCUUGAGUUUAUACCUGGAAUGAAAUCAGUUGCACAUAUUUCGACGGAGCUUAAAACAUUGGCAAAUUACACCAUCUGCUAUCGUGCUGCAACAACCAACAAGGAUAUAGCGUAUUACAGUCAAUUUACAAGCACGAUUAUAGAGAGAAAACAUUUAGAAAAACUGAACGUAAAUAUCUUCAAAAGCGAAGCGAAAGACAUUUCAUUCGUUAUUCCCUUGAAAAGAGGACCAGAAAAUACCAAAGAGUACCACAUUAUUGUACUGGAAACAGGAAACUCAUCAAAAGUCAAAGAUCCCCUUGACUGGAAGCCAAGUGAACUUGGACCAUAUGACUCUUCUACGCAUAUUAGCAGCACACCUUACAUAACAGGUGUCUUGUACAAUUACGUUGCGAAAUUUGAGAUUGGCAAUGGGAAAGAAUAUGAGUCAUCUGGUCGAAGGAGGAGGAAUGCCGAUCAAGUAAAGUAUAUCAAUGCACCAUUGAAGCCAAACACAGAAUAUGUUGUCUUCCAGAGAGCUUAUCUUUCAGCGGGUAUUUAUUUCUCUUCGCCGUGGGCUGGACCAUUCAAAACAAUGUGGAAUGAGUUUUCCAAUUAUGACUGGAGUUUCUUUGUAGAAGAACCAUUGAAAUCAGAACCAGGCGAAACCAGAUCGAUUGAAAUUAUUGUCGGGAUAAUAGUUCCAGCAAUCAUUGUGCUCGCCUUAGCUGUUGCAGUUUGUUACAUAAGAAAGCGACGAUCCAAAAGGCCAACAAUUCAAGAAGGUGGUUUGGCAAAGGACGGUGUGCCUCUUUCAAAUUUACAUGGCCAGAUCGAGAAUCCAUCGUAUGAUCAUGAGUAUGAGAGUUUGAACAACGUAAGAGCCUCUGCUGCUAUGGAGGAGCCCAGCAUAGUUAGUAGAGGAAGUUCAGAUGAAGCUGUAAAAUUGAGAAAAUUUCCUCGUAAAGUUGUAAUCGAUCAAGAAUAUCCUCAAGUUUCUGUUCAGGACUUUGUUCGACGUGCAACAGAGUCACAAAAGCGUAACUAUCAAGGGAUUAUCAUGGAGUAUGAGAAUCUUGACAAGAAACAGCAGUUUCCUUGGGAUAUUGCUACAGAUCCAGCCAACCAACAGAAGAAUGUGCAUGCCGAUAUAUUCCCAU